AUGCUUGUGAAGAACCAAGUCAAACUCAAGGACAAGAAUGUGGCAGUGACAUUUGUGCCGCAAGAUGCAGAGGAUCUCUGGUAUCUCUACAAUCUCCUCAAGCCUGGAGACACCGUAGUAGUUGUAUCCUAUAGAAAUGUCAAGAAAGGAAAUCUGACUCAGGUGCAAAAGGGCAAGAGCAAGAUGGAAAAAGUACUCGUCAAGUUGAAGUUGGUGCUUGAAGACAUCGACUACAUCGCCUCGGAUAACAACAUGCGACUCAGUGGAAAAUCCAUAGAGCCCAACGAAUAUGUUCCUUUGAACAGUUACCAUACUGCUGAAGUCGAACUACUGAAGGAUUUGACUAUUCUCAAAGACAAUUGGGACGAGUACGACAUGUCGAUUUUGAAUGACUUAUGCUCAAUCGAAAAGAAGGCUGAUAUCGGGGCUGUAAUUCUUGAAGAAGGUGUGGCCCACAUCUGCUAUGUGACAGACAGCAUGACUGUGAUGAAGGCUAAGGUAGAGAAGUCGAUUCCUCGUAAAAACAGCGAGUAUGGCACCAAGGACUUGGACAAGGCCAUGAACACAUUUCUCACAAUGGUGGUAGAGACGAUGUUAAGACACUUUGACUUCAAUGCCUUGAAAGUGAUUUUAUUGGCAUCUCCUGGAUUCGUAGCCAAGUCAUUAUAUGACAAAAUAAUGCAGGAAUGUACGGCUGCUCAGAAUUCCCAAAGUUCCAACAAGGACUCGAAGAUCUACAAUGACAUCCUAAAGAACAAGAGCAAGUUCGUGAUAACCCAUUCGUCGACUGGAUACUUGCAAGGAUUGGAAGAAGUGUUGAAAGAUCCUGCUACUAAGAAGCGGUUAAGCGACACCAAAUUCUCCGAGGAAUCAGAAGUGUUGCAUAAAUUCCAGAUUGCUCUUAAUGAUGAUGAUGGAAGAGCAUGGUACGGUCUUGAGGAAGUGACUAAGGCUCUCGACUUGGAUGCCGUCAGGUAUUUGAUGGUCACCGACCAGCUUUUCAGAAGUGACGACAUUGACACCAGAAGAAACUACAUUGACUUGACGGAAAGAGCCAAAAAUCUUGGUGCAAAGGUAUUUAUAUUCUCCAGCUUGCACGAGUCAGGAAUCCAACUCAACCAGUUGACUGGGAUAGCGGCUCUCUUGAAGUAUCCAGUCCCUGACUUGGACGAAAGUGACGAAGAGUAG